UUUUUGGAAAGUGACGAAGAGUUUCACGACGCUUCCGAUAAAAUGAAUAAUGAUUCGCGGAGCGAUGAUCGGAAAUCCAAUUCAUCGCAUACCGGUUCAGUGUGUGAGGAGGCGGAUCGGGCAUUAUUUGAUGCCGAAAUUGUGACACCUUCCGCCGCAUCUGUUCAGUAUAAUGCAGGGUCAAGACCGUUAGUUCCUCGCGUCGAUCAUCAGUCGGUUGCCAAACGGAGACGAACGCGAAUACCCGAUCGACCGCAAGUAUCGCUUAAUUUAUGGUCAAUUAUGCGAAAUUGCAUUGGCAAAGAACUCUCAAAAAUACCUAUGCCGGUGAAUUUCAAUGAGCCAUUAUCAGUACUGCAGCGAAUCUCUGAAGAUCUAGAGUAUUCUUAUUUGCUGGAUAUGGCUGCAGAUUGUAGUGAUUCGCUAGAGCAAAUGUGCUACAUUGCUGCUUACGCGGUAAGUUCAUAUUCGACGACCGGUAAUCGAACAACGAAACCGUUCAAUCCACUGCUCGGUGAAACGUUCGAAUGUGAUCGUAUGGCUGAUCUCGGAUGGAAAUCGCUCGCCGAACAGGUUUCGCAUCACCCACCAAUAACCGCUCAUCAUGCAGAUGGUCGAAAAUGGACGGUACAUCAAGAUUUUACGAUGACUUCACGAUUCCGUGGAAAAUACCUCUCUGUUAUUCCGAUUGGCUAUUCACAUGUUCAGUUUCGAGGUCAGAAAAAUAUCUACUCAUUUAAAAAAGUAACAACAACAGUUCAUAAUAUAAUUGUUGGUAAAUUAUGGAUUGAUAACCACGGUGAAAUGGUCAUUGAUAACCAUGCAACCGGCGAUAAAUGCUUCCUGAAAUUCCAUCCGUACAGCUACUUCUCCAGGGAAAUACCUCGCAAGGUGACGGGUUUAGUAAAGAAUAGCAAAGGAAAAGUGGAGUGGAUUAUUCAAGGAACGUGGGAUAAAAGUUUGGAUAUGUUAAGAGUGAUCAAAGAUAAUGAUAACAAAGGCGAAAAAUCUGUUUUUGAAACAGGUCCUCCACUGCGUAUGUGGACCGUUAAUCCGCCCUAUCCAAAUUGCGAAAAGAUGUACUAUUUCACAAAGCUUGCCGUGGAGCUGAAUGAGCCCGAAGUUGGUGUUGCACCAACGGAUUCAAGACUACGUCCUGAUCAAAGAAAGGCGCAGCAUGAGCCAACAGGUGCCGUAAUUCACAUGUUCACGGGAGAAUAUUGGGAGAAGAAGAAACUUGGAGAUUGGUCGAUUUGUCCCAAUAUAUUUUAG